AUGGAACGACGCCUCCCCAACACCCGCGACUCGACCGACCGACGCGCGGCGCGGGGGGCGCUCAUGACCGAUCACUUAACCUGCAACACAACACACCGCCUCGUUAGCUUCAUCGGUACAGUACACAGACAGACAGACAGGCGCUCAUGUCUAGUAUGGCUGGUGCCUCUGGUUGGCGCGGCCCCCGCCACCGCCGCCGCCGCCCCCGCGCUGCUUGCCGCCCUGGUAACCUGCUACAACGAGUCACAUGAUAUCCUCGGCCCACACACUCCGUGA